UACCCCACAACCUCCAAGGUUGAGAGAAAGGGGGCGGGCGAACAAGAACGUCAACAUACGAAGGCUGGCGUUCAUUGGUGAAGACUCGACGUUGGCCCCGCCCACUUACAGUUUUCUGACAGCUUGUCUUGAAGGUGGUUGGCUGUCUGCUGUUGUCCGCAGAAGGGGUGAGUUCCCGCCUUUUUCUGAGGUUGAUGGUAUGGUGUGCUUGCAGCGAUUGCGAUUACUAGCUCCAGCAGCAGUCAGGGGGUUAAUACGAUACAACAAGAUCAAUGUGACAAACACAUCAGGGAUGUCUUCAGGUUAUAACCAAGCCAAUGUGGUUAUCCUGCACAAGUCCCUAGCAGAUGACUUUGAGAAGUUUUGCCAGGCUAACAGUGGCCCUCUUCCCUUAUUAUACAGGAGUGCGACAGGAGAGCGGACAUGCCCUCCUUUGAGUAAAGAUUCAGAUAUUCAAACAGACUGCCUAAUGUACAGGAGAUAUGAAAAUGGAGUCUACUCUGGAAGUUUGAGUAACCUUGAAAGUUAUGCUGAGCAGCUGAAGAACAUGGUGACCUUUUACCUGGGCUGUAGCUUCUCUUUUGAGAGUGCAGUGGAGAAUCUUGGAGUCCCUGUAAGGAACGCUGAGCAAGGGUGCAAUGUUAGCAUGUAUACGACCACUGUUCCCUGUUCACCAGUUGGACAUUUUUCUUGCAAAUUGGUGGUGACCAUGAGGCCGAUUCCUUUGGAUAAGCUAGAGUCUGCAGUGAGAGCAACACAACCCAUGAAAAACUAUCACGGGGCCCCAGUUCACAUAGGAUGUCCAGAGUUCCUCGGUAUAAAUGAUCUUCAGAAAACAGAUUAUGGAGACCCAGUUAAAUUUCAUGCAGGGGAUAUUCCAGUGUUUUGGGCAUGUGGAGUAACUGGCGCAGAAGCCGUUAGUAGCUGUAACUCUCCGCUCGCUUUCACUCAUUCUCCUGGCUGUAUGUUCAUUACGGAUAUUAAAAACGAGGACAUAACUAACACUCAAUCCAUGGAUAUCCCGGACGUUGUGCAAAUUUCAUCUGAUCCUCUGCAUUACAGUCUCUUAUCACAAAGUACAGCAGAAAAAAUUCGGUCCCUAGAAAACAUCAUUGGCAUAGAUCCAGGUGAUAGGGGGAUAAAACAUCUUAUUCUUAAGGAUGAACUUCUGAGAUCAAGUCUGUCUUUGUCUCAUGCCAAAUCCGUGCUUAUAACCACUGGGUUUCCAACCCACUUUCAACACAAUCCUCCCGAAGAAACUGAUGGCCCCCCUGGUGCCAUCGCAAUGGCGGCUAUGUUACAAGCUCUGGGAAAAAAGGUUGCCAUUGUAUCAGACCAGCGAGCCCUUGAUCUGAACAAGAACCUUAUUGACCUUGCUGUAAAGCAAGGAGUCAUACAAUUCCCUGUGCCUCUGUUAUGUUACAAAGAGGAGUCUUCGGACUCUGCCAUCAAAUUCCUGUGUGAAAAUGGAAAUCCGGCAACUCCCAGGUAUGAUCACCUGGUGGCAAUUGAACGGGCAGGGCGUGCAAGUGAUGGCAAUUACUACAACGCCAGGAAAAUAAACAUAAAGCACUUGGUAGAUCCCAUUGAUAACCUCUUCCUAAUGGCCCAACAAAUUAGUGGAGUCAGUACAACUGGUAUCGGUGAUGGUGGGAAUGAGCUUGGGAUGGGCAAAGUAAAGCAAGCAGUGAAGAAAUACGUUAACAAUGGAGAUACCAUUGCCUGUGAUGUUGCUGCAGACUACGCCAUUAUAGCAGGUGUGUCUAACUGGGGAGGCUAUGCCGUGGCUUGUGCAUUGUACCUCUUGAAUACCUGUGAAAUCCAUGAGCGCUAUCUUAGGAAAGCUGUCGGAUACCCCACGUUUUCAAAGGGAGCUACCUGGGCUUCUGCUCUUCCCUCUGUUCACAAGGAGGAAAAGAUGCUGAGCAUAUUGGUGAGUCAGGGCGUGCGCAGUGGUAAAACUGGAAAUCUUGGAAUGGAAGUCGAUGGACUCCUGUUUUAUAACACUCACUCAGAGAUGAUUGAAAAACUUUUAGGUGCCACUCUAUAACCUCUUCCCCAAGGCCUAAAUAAAUGUAUGCUCUCAUUUUUUAUAUGUAUGAAACCUCAUGGGUAGUGAAAUGUAGUUUAAAAUGGUAUAUCAUUGUGCAAUAUAUUAGUCUCCCUGUUUAUCUUAUAUCUUAUAGGGAGAGACAAAGAGGUAGCUGUGUGGCACAGUGCUAAAUUUGGAAAAUAAGUAAGAACAUCCUGUUUUCAUUCUAAAUGUUUUCCACUUUUAGAACUUUGCCCCAUAAUUGCUCAUUAUACAGUACCCCCAAUGAGUGUGUAAUCUAUCGUUAAUGAAAGUAUCACAAAAUGUCUUGCUUGUGCCAAUCACCGACUCAUUUUAGGAUUUCUCUAUACUGAGUUUGCUUACUUACUAAACAUUGCAACAACGAGCUGACAACUAACUUGGCCAGCAACUGGCAAGUGUGGAGGCAAGGAAUCUGACUUGGUUGCUUUGGAGCUCAACAGGUCUCAUUGAUUAGAGCAGGGAUCUCAAAUGUUGAUGGCCUACAACUACCAUAAUUACUUGAAUGCAGUAGAUGGAUAGAGAAUCAUGGGAGUUGUAGUUCAGCAACAUGUGGAGGGACAAAAUUUAAGAUGCAUUGUCUAGAGAUGAAAACACUAUUAGCUCU